GAAGAGAGUGAAGAGGAGCCCAAACUGAAGUAUGAAAGGCUCUCCAAUGGGGUAACUGAAAUCCUUCAGAAGGAUGCCGCUAGCUGCAUGACAGUCCAUGACAAGUUCUUGGCACUGGGCACACAUUAUGGCAAGGUUUAUUUACUGGAUGUCCAGGGGAACAUCACUCAGAAGUUUGAUAUAAGUCCUGUGAAGAUAAAUCAGAUUAGCCUGGAUGAAAGUGGCGAACACAUGGGCGUGUGUUCAGAGGAUGGCAAGGUGCAGGUGUUUGGACUAUAUUCUGGAGAAGAAUUUCAUGAGACUUUUGACUGUCCCAUUAAAAUCAUCGCCGUGCAUCCGCAUUUCGUGAGAUCCAGCUGCAAGCAGUUUGUGACCGGAGGGAAGAAGUUGCUGCUGUUUGAACGGUCUUGGAUGAGCAGAUGGAAGUCUUCAGUUCUGCACGAAGGAGAAGGGAACAUACGGAGUGUGAAGUGGAGGGGCCAUCUGAUUGCCUGGGCCAAUAAUAUGGGUGUGAAGAUUUUUGACAUCACCUCAAAGCAAAGGAUCACCAAUGUGCCCCGGGAUGAUAUAAGCCUUCGCCCCGAUAUGUAUCCCUGUAGCCUCUGCUGGAAGGACAGUGUGACACUGAUCAUUGGCUGGGGCCCCUCUGUCAAGAUAUGCUCGGUGAAGGAACGGCAUGCCAGUGAAAUGAGGGACUUGCCGAGCCGAUACGUUGAAAUAGUGUCUCAGUUUGAAACUGAAUUCUACAUCAGUGGACUGGCACCUCUCUGUGAUCAGCUUGUUGUACUUUCCUAUGUAAAGGAGGUUUCCGAAAAAACGGAAAGAGAAUACUGCACCAGACCCAGACUGGAUAUCAUCCAGCCUCUUUCCGAGACUUGUGAAGAGAUCUCUUCUGAUGCUCUGACUGUGAGAGGCUUUCAGGAAAAUGAAUGUAGAGAUUAUCACUUAGAAUACUCAGAAGGGGAGUCACUGUUCUACAUUGUGAGUCCAAGAGAUGUUGUCGUAGCCAAGGAACGAGACCAAGAUGACCACAUCGACUGGCUCCUUGAAAAGAAGAAAUAUGAAGAAGCUCUGAUGGCAGCUGAAAUUAGCCAGAAGAACAUUAAAAGACAUAAGAUUCUGGACAUCGGCUUGGCAUAUAUAAACCACCUGGUGGAGAAAGGAGAGUACGACAUAGCGGCACGCAAAUGCCAGAAAAUUCUUGGGAAAAAUGCAGCACUCUGGGAAUAUGAAGUUUAUAAAUUUAAAGAAAUUGGACAGCUUAAGGCUAUUAGUCCUUAUUUGCCAAGAGGGGAUCCAGUUCUGAAACCACUCAUCUAUGAAAUGAUCUUGCAUGAAUUUUUGGAAAGUGAUUACGAGGGUUUUGCCACACUGAUCCGAGAAUGGCCGGGAGAUCUGUACAACAAUUCAGUAAUAGUUCAAGCAGUUCGGGAUCAUCUGAAGAAAGACAGUCAGAACAGAACCUUACUUAAAACCCUGGCAGAAUUGUACACCUAUGACAAAAACUAUGGCAAUGCUCUGGAAAUAUACUUAACGUUAAGACAUAAGGAUGUUUUCCAGUUGAUCCACAAGCAUAAUCUUUUCAGUUCUAUCAAGGAUAAAAUUGUUUUAUUAAUGGAUUUUGAUUCCGAGAAAGCUGUUGACAUGCUUCUGGACAACGAAGAUAAAAUUUCAAUUAAAAAGGUAGUGGAAGAAUUAGAAGACAGACCAGAGUUGCAGCACGUGUAUCUGCAUAAGCUUUUCAAAAGAGACCAUCAUAAGGGGCAGCGCUACCACGAGAAGCAGAUCAGCCUUUACGCUGAAUUCGACCGACCCAACUUGCUUCCAUUUCUCCGAGACAGUAUCCAUUGCCCCCUUGAAAAGGCUCUUGAGAUCUGUCAACAGAGAAACUUUGUAGAAGAGACAGUUUAUCUUCUGAGCCGAAUGGGUAACAGCCGAAGUGCCCUGAAGAUGAUCAUGGAGGAAUUACAUGACGUCGAUAAAGCGAUUGACUUUGCCAAGGAACAGGAUGAUGGGGAACUCUGGGAAGAUCUGAUUUUAUAUUCCAUCGACAAACCACCCUUUAUCACCGGCUUGUUAAACAACAUCGGCACGCAUGUUGACCCAAUUCUACUGAUUCACCGUAUUAAGGAAGGAAUGGAGAUUCCUAAUUUGAGAGACUCCUUGGUUAAAAUUCUGCAAGACUACAAUCUGCAAAUUCUGCUUCGCGAAGGCUGCAAGAAGAUUCUCGUGGCUGACUCUCUGUCCUUACUAAAGAAGAUGCACCGAACUCAAAUGAAAGGCAUUCUGGUUGAUGAGGAGAACAUCUGUGAGUCCUGUCUUUCCCCUAUUCUCCCAUCAGACGCAGCUAAGCCCUUCAGCGUGGUGGUCUUCCACUGCCGCCAUAUGUUCCACAAGGAGUGCCUGCCUAUGACCAGCAUGAACUCUCCUGUGCAGUUCUGUAACAUCUGCAGUGCGAAGCACCGGGGACCAGGAAGUGCCAUUCUGGAGAUGAAAAAAUAG